AUGAACAGUUUGGUCAUUAAUUCGUUUGAUGGCCAUGAAGUGAAGCAUGAUACGAUUAAAAUGAAUGGACAGGCCUUCUUGUGUUAUAAUAAGAAACCAUUAAUACGAAUAUGGACAGUAAUCAUACAUAAAUUCAUGAGAUUUUUUAUGGUCGAAAAUUUAGUGGUUGGUUGUAAAAGAUUUGGAAAAUAUUCAUUUCUUCGUCAUCAUUUUUUCGAAAAGUAG